UGUCAUAUCGCGUUUCGCAUGGAAAUAUCUUGAGAUAAACAACAAACCAACAGAGGAAUGGCAUUGCAACCCGGAUUGUGCUGACAAAAAACACAUGCAACAGAAUAAAAGACCCUGUGCAUCGUGAAACAACACAACGACGAGAAACAGAAGAAAAGCAGUGUUCAUCCAAAUAAUCGCGUUGCUUGAUGGGCCUUUUCGCUAAGAUAGGAUUCGGCCAACACCACAGACUCUCUUCUCUCAACCCAUAGUAUAGACGCAGUGAUUUUGCAAUACUCGGGCGGCAGCCCGCACGCACCGUAAUAGGGCUGCCAAUAGGGAUCCCGUGAUCGCAUAUCAGGCACUUCUCCUCCGCACAACUGUCUCCGGCCACUCCUUCCAGUCAACCAGUGUCCAAACUGCAUAUGCUUCUUGGACUAGUAGGGGUCCUCUGUGCGCAUUUAAAUCCUGCCACUUGUUGCUGCUUAAUUCAUGGUAAUCUAGAGUAUAUCCAAAUAUUACUUUAUAAGCAGGUUAAUUUUAUUAUUAAUUAAUUAUGUCGUAUGCUAAUCAAAAAGAUACGCGAAAAUCCGGUUACAAAUGCAUUAUUCCUACCUGUCUUUCUGGAUAUAGAAAAAGUUCGGCCAAUUUACCUGUAAAGUUAUUCAAAUUUCCAUCGGAUCCAUUGUACUUUAAUAAAUGGGUUGAGGUUUGUGGCUUAGAUAAAAAUUUGGUGAAAAAAAGCGCACAUAUUUGUGUACGGCAUUUCAAAGCCGAGGAUAUAGGAAUGCGUAAAUUGAAGUCCAAAUCAAUACCAGCAUUGAAAUUGUCUGAUAAUACUCCAUUGAAUCAGUUGCAUGAAGGUUUUUAUGAUGGGAAUUCAUUUUCGGGCAUGCCAGAAGAUAACGAACCAAUUGAAAAUCCAAUGAAAUCAGAGGGAAUCAAACUGGCCGAAGUUCAUAAUAACAUUUCAAUCGAACUAGAGCAAGAGUCCGAAACAGAAACACCUGAUAAAGAUCCACUAGAAAAUAAUGAAUUGAAUUCAAAUAUUUAUGGUGAGAAUUCCUGUUCGGGCAAUGCAUUAUACAACGAACCAAUUGAAAAACAUAUGAAAUCAAAGAGAAUCAAUCCGAAAGAAGUGCAUAAUACAAUUUCGAACAAACUAGAGCAACGGUCCGAAAAAGACACGCCUGAUGUAGAUCCACUAGAAAAUAAUGAAUCGAUUGAUGUCAAAUGUUGUAAAAACUGCGUAGCAAAAGAUAAAAACGAGGCAUAUUUCACGAGAAAAUACUUUGAGUUAUUGGCAGAAAAAGAGAAAAAAGAGGAAGACAUUAACAAAUGGAAGAGACGAUAUGCGUCCCUGAAACAAUCUAUAUCUCGGGCCAAUGCCCAUAGGCGCCGGAAAACUAAAACUAACUCAAAUUUGUCUGUUCUACCCAUAAUAGCCAACAUGUCUCAUGUUUCUGCGGAGGCAAAAACUAUAUGUAUCAUGCUUUUGAAAAAGUCACAGAUCUUUAGCCCCGCUGAAAGAGUUAUUGCGCAAAACUUAAACUUUUACUCGAAAAGGACCUAUGAAUACCUCCGAGAUGUUUUAAACUUACAUUUGCCAGCAAAUAUCACUUUAGAUCGAUGGAGUGAGCGUUUCGGAUCAGGAUUUACUCCUAAAUUACUCGGGCCCCAGUCCCCAAAAAAAGUUGUGUAAAUUGCCAAGGAAGGGAAAUUAUAGCCAAAUACAUAAAAGCUGUUGGUGAGAGAGGUCUGUGUUUUCACGAUAUAUUAUAUAUAUACUAAUAUUUGUAUUGUUUAAUUUAUUUUACUCUGUCGGAUUUUGUAAAUCAUGCUAAUAAAUAAAAUCGGUCGCACAGUGGUGUCUCAGCUGAAAUCAGAGGGCAAAAGUUAA